AUGUUUCGAACUGAUCAAUAUCUCUCUGUUAGUCAGGUGCAAAAUCAAAUGAAGACUAUUGUUAACAAACGUAAUCGAAUAUCAACCGUACAAGAUCCAAAAGCAGUGACAGCUGCUGCAACCACUUCCAGAACGAAUCUUUCGAGAAAACGAGGUGAUCGAGGUUCUCUCCACCAAAUUCCAAAGAAAAUUUCUGCUACCACUACUAUGACUCCUUCAAAUCGUCCGCACCGGUCUCGUAUUUCCAAACCAAUUUAUAAAUUUGAUACAUCAGACUCUAACGACAGUGAUAGUGACACAAGUGAAGUAGACGAGGAAGAUUUGAGAGCAGUUGAACAAUUAAAACAGUUACAUUUACUAAACAAACAAACUUAUCGGCAACAGUAG